CAUUUCUCAACUGAGACGUCUUCGGUGUUUAUGAAUCCUUUCGUCGUGUACAUGAAAGGCGCCGUUCCACAGCUGACGCGAGGGGAGGUUCGACAGAGCGCGGGAGACGUUGACCCAUUCUUUACACCGCAAGUGGCCGGCAAACUUUUCAAAGGGAUGAACAUGUUUGGACUCGAUCUGAUGUCCCUCAACAUACAGCGUGGCCGUGACCAUGGCAUUGCCUCGUACACGGCACUCAGAGCCUCAUGCGACUUGUCUUCCAUUCAUGACUUUCCUGAUCUCUCGGGAAUCAUGGAUGAGGAUGUGAUUGAAAUUCUAGAGGAUGUAUAUAGUCAUGUGGAUGACAUUGACCUGUUCGUCGGUGGUUUGGCUGAGCACCCGGUAGAAGGAGGAGUAGUAGGUCCCACUUUCGCUUGUAUUCUGCUGGACCAGUUCCUUAGGCUGAAAGUAGGCGACAGAUAUUGGUACGAGACUAAUGACAAGGAUACAAGGUUUAAGAAAGAACAAGUCAAAGAAAUUCGCAAAAACCUUGCGGGGAUCAUGUGCGAAGUGAUUCCAGAACUGACGGAGAUUCAGGCAGAGCCUCUGAAAGGGCAUCUCUCGAGAAUCCAGUGGUAUCUUGCUCUUCUUUCCAAGAAUUGGACCUCAGCCACUGGAAGGAAUGAUUGCAGUCGAUGGAAGGAUUCUUCUGCAAUUUUCGCUGAAUUCUUUGUGUCAUAUAACAGAAUAUCGGUUCCCUCCCUCGUGGCUCCAGAACGAUUUGGAAAUGGGUCAGGCUCUCCAAUAGCAUACUGGGUUAAAAGGUCCUCUAAGACAAUAUUUGCCCUUUCUCCCAAUGGCAUUUGA